AUGUCGCUAGCCAACGCUCAAGCUCAGGGAGAGCCCGGGACUGAAAUAAUCUCUUCGGACAAUGAAGACGCCGUGAUCAUAGGUCGCGAUGACGUGAGUGAUUUCAAUGAGGAGAACAUCCUCCCUCAACCCGCCCAUGUCCAAGAGGCCAUCCGAAGCUGGCUUAAGCCCACCUCUUACGACGCCGAAAAUGGAGAAUUCAAGAAACAUCUGGCUUCCUACCUGCCAGGCACCGGAGAGUGGCUGCUCGAGUCGCCCACAUUCCGUGAGUGGCACCAAAGCCAAGACCAAGGAAUGCUCUGGAUCAAAGGGAUCCCGGGCUCUGGCAAGUCUGUGAUCGCGAGUUCUCUGGUAAACCACUUGUCUAAAGAGGGCGCGCCGGUGCUCUACUUCUUCUUCCGCCAAAUCAUCGACGCCAAUCACAAGCCCGAUGCCUUACUCCGCGACUGGCUCGCCCAGUUGCUCAGCUACAGCCCUCCACUGCAGGUCCGACUCAAGGAAUCUGUCGACAAGCGCCAGUCGCUGAGCAACGUGCCCAUGGCCACUAUGUGGCAGGAGAUCAAGAGUGCAGUAGCAUACAUUCCUAAGGUGUAUUGUGUGGUUGAUGCGCUGGACGAGAUGGACAGCAAUCAGGAUGCCUUCUUACAGGCUCUCGCUGAGCUUGGAAGAUGGCGCUCAUCUCGCCUCAAAAUAAUUAUCACUAGCCGCCCUGUUCCUAAGGUAGAGCGGCCAUUGCGUCAGGAGUCAAUCUUGCAUAUCAGACUGGAUGAGAAGCACGUCGAUGAGGAUAUUGCCAACUACGUCGCACAUCACUUAGAUAAGACAUCCAAAGUUCUCACCCUAGAACAAAAAGAGAUCAUCAAGCGCGCAGUUCCAGGACGCGCCAAUGGCCUGUUUCUGUAUGCCAAAUUGGCCAUGGAUGCCUUUUUGGAAGCAAAUGCCGACGUGGAAGAGGUGCUAAAGACACUGCCGCUGGAUUUGAACGUCAUGUAUACCGACUUGCUCCGCGAACAUGCUCGGCGAUCUGGCGUUCCUCACGACCUCCAACUUCUCAUCUUGUCAUUUGUCACACACGCUUCACGUCCACUGCGACUCCUUGAGAUUGCCGAGAUGAUCAGAGUCACCGAAGAGGCACAGGCUAAAGCGAUUGGUAGCCUAGAAGCUCUCAAGGACCUUGUUAGAGCGGCUUGCGGCCCCUUGCUGGAGAUUCUGCCCGACGAGACCGUCUGCGUCAUUCACCACUCUUUUACUGAGUUCUUGAAUGGUUCUACUCGCACCGCAGAGUCUAGUGGCGAUGCUUAUCCCAUCUUGGAGAUGAACUCUACACACAAUCGGCUGUCGCUAUGUUGUCUAUCGUAUCUCCUCUGCGGCUGCUUGCAAAAGGUCAAGCUACCCGACGACGAUGACUACGAAUCGGAUAGUGAAUGGGGUGACCGGUACUAUGUGAUGCCUACUGUCAACAAAGAGCUCCGCCUGAAUUAUCCAUUUCUCGCAUACAGUAUGCACAAUUGGCAUGUUCAUGGAAGGAAGUCCAACGACAGUGGCCCGUUCUCAGAUGAGCUUUAUGACGCCACCAACACAAUCCUGUCCGAGGAAAAUUAUACACCUCUUUCAGUGCUGGUUGACAAUGGCGGUAGCAAGAGGGAACAUCUACACACCGCUGCCUUGCUAGGACUCAGCCAAUACCUGUCCAAGUUUGUUCAGGAGAACAACAUUGAUGUGAAUUCACUUGAUAAGGGUGGCGAAACUGCCAUCUUCUACGCCGCCAACGCAGGGCAUGCGAAUGUUGUCAAAGUGCUACUCGGCUUUGGCGCAAAGCCAGACGAGCCGUCUAACUAUGAUGGCAAAAGACCUCUUCACAAAGCCGCCGAGAGAGACCAUGGGGAAGUUGUUACCUUGCUUUUGGAAGCGGGCGUAGAUCCCUUGACCAAGAAGACGAAAUGUGAUCCGGGGCUCAUGUGCGGCGACCCAUACAAAUUCAUCGGACACACGCCGUUGAUGUAUGCCAUGGACCAUGGGAACACCUCAGCAGCUAGAGCGUUCCUCCCAUUCCUGAGCACUGCCGAGAUGGCUAGCAGGGCGCUGGGCUGGGCGGUGGGGAGUAGGUACGAACACUCGCGGGGUUGUCCUGGAAUUCUCAAUGAGCUACUCCAACAUCCACUCGUCGAUGUUAACCGCCUGGUUCGGGGGGAAACACCACUUUAUAUUGCGUCCCGAACUCCCAAUACCAAACUUGUCAUCACUUUGCUAGAAGCCGGGGCAGACCCGAGUAUCUUGUCCUCCUCACAGGGUGAGGAGUUUUGCCGAGAGAGAAAUCGCCGACGAAUGGCAGAGAAGAACAAGAAUAAGAACCAGACCGCUUUGCACGGCAUUUGUGGCGCAUCACGCCGUUACAUCAUGAGCUCUCAAGACAAAGAAGAGGAGCCGGAGCUCUUGCAAGAGUGUGUUUCUUUGAUGCUCAAGGCUGGAGUUGACAUCAACGCGAAGGACAAGAAGGGCCGCACGGCUUUGCACUAUGCUGUUCAGUGGUGGCCGACUCUUGUCCGGGCCCUGGUCAAUGCUGGGGCGGAUGCCAACAUUUUGAGCGAUGAUGGAAGUAGUCCUCUGCAUGCAUGUCAGACUAUCGAGAGCUUCCGGAUAUUAGUCGAACAGGGGAAUGCGGAUAUCAACCACCAAAGGGAGUCGGAUGGUAAAACCCCCAUACUGAUGAUGACUGACAAGUGGGGUAAGCCUAAGGAUUUCUAUGCAGAUCUAGUCCGUCUACAUGUUGACCUAGGGGCGGACCUGACGCUCACCGCACAUGAUGACCAUGGAGUUCUACAUGACUGGAUAUCUCAAGCACCGGACCUUAGCGUUAGACAUGAAAGUGAAGUCCUCGACAUGCUGAUGUCAGCAGGAAUCCAUCUCAACAGUACGGACAAGCAGGGAAAAACCGUGAUGCAUUCCUUAAAAGGUCUAGGGAGUGGUUUGGAUCUGACCGUGAAACUGGUUGCUGCUGGGGCAGACCUGAACAUCAGAGACAAACAGGGGCGUACUCCCAUAUACUACUUUCUUCAGGAAGCCCACAAGAAUCUGAACAAGGAGAAGUUCGUUGCGGCACUCGAGAAGCUGGUCUCCAUUGGGGCGGAGCUUGACGUUGUUGACUACCACGGUGGCAAUCUUCUAUUCGCCUUUGGUUAUUUCGGGCGAGACACGAUGACCGUUGUCCAGGAACUUGUCAACCGAGGACUCGAUCCACGAGCCAUAGACUACCAAGGAAACACACUAUUCCACGACGCAGUAGGAUGGACGACCAGGGAUUUUGACAGCCAUUAUCUAGAGACGCCUCUCACACUAGGUAUUGACCCUGACCAGCAGAACUUUACAGGCCAAUCUGCUCUGCAUUUCUUGGUUUCACCUAGGAACUAUGAAUCUAUCAAAGGCUUGAAGCAUUUCAAACAGUUUGAUGUACGAGACUUCAACGGUAUACGCCCCCUUCACGUGGCAAUUCGGUCCUCUGAGGACCUUGUACACGCACUUCUCUCAAAGGGAGCCAGCCCAACCGAGCCUACCGAGGAGGGAGUAACUCCCCUGCAUGUCGCUGCCCGUUUCAGGAAGCCAGACAUUGUUGGCCUCCUUCUGGAAGCGAUCGAGGCCAAAUUGGGGAAGCAGGGCUUAGUCGACCAUCUCAACACCUUUCAUAGCCAACGUACACCCACAGCGCUUCACUUAGCCUGCCGCUCUGGUGUCCCCGAGACGGUUUCUCUUCUGCUUGCUGCAGGGGCGGAUCCGAACGCAAAAAGCAGCCAGGUUGGAGAGCCGCUGGACUGGUGCAUUCAAUAUGAGCUGGAGAAAGCUUUGUGGAAGUCUGACGAAGAUCAGUAUUCUUCGCGAAGUGGUUCCUUGGAGGAUCGCUCUGGAUUUGAACCACCACGUGGUAUCAGCAUUGAUGAUGAUACACGGAAUCAACUCAAGAAAGAUGACCAAUGUCCAACUCAGCUGGAGAAGAUCUUAUCCUUACUCCUUGCCCACGGAGCUGAUAUGACGUCCCGAACAGACAAGGGGGUAACAAAACUGGACCGGGCAAUUAUCAAGUGCGAAAGCUCCCACGACUACACUAUUGAUUGUCUGCUGCGUCUACGUCAGUCCAUUGCGCAUGAUAAUCCCAGUGAUGCACUUGCCACUACCACCAGACAAGACAUAAAGACAUAUGCCCAUUCAUUCAUUGCUAAUCCACAAGAGUUCUCAUUGGAUGUUGUCAGCAAGAUUGUUACGAGCAUCUCGAGACGUUCAGCUACCCACGAAGCUUUUCUGCAGGUCGCACCAUGGAGAAAAUUCCAGACAUCCGAAAUGGAUGUCAAUGCGUUUGUUGCGUUCCUCAGGAAUCUGAUGGAACAACAUGAUUGGGAUUCGGUAAAACAUGUCUUGCGCCAAGAGCCACGUAUAUUGGAUACAGACUCUGGAGGAGACAUCCUGCGAAAGCUCGUCAAGUUUGGGAUGGAAUCCAUCAUUGGCGCAGCUGUCACGCGGGAGGAGGUCCUCCAACUACAACGUGAUAGAGAUGAGGGCAUUCGACAAUCUAAGCAGAAGGGCAAAGGACUACUAACCCGUCGCCUAGAAUCAUUCUAUCCGCUUUUCUCCGCUUGCGAUCAACCAGCAGGGAAUAUGCCGAUGGUUCGAUAUCUCGUUGAGGAACUAGGCGUGGAUAUCAAUGACGGGUUUUACAGCUGGCCCAGCUACCGUCAAAACGUAGUCGAGUACGAGAAGAUUAACUACACUGUUAAUAAAUGCUGCAGCGGAGAGCAUUGGUGGCAAGUUGCAGAGGCCCUGCCGUAUCUCCUCAAGCAUGGUCCCGACCUCGAAGCGCGCGAUGCCUGUGGCCGUACUACCCUCCUUUGGGCUCUCGGCUGUUCAUCGAACUACAAGCUCCGGAUUAUAAAGAUGCUCAUAGAAGCCGGAGCCGACGUCAACGCGGUUGAUAGCAGCGGUCGCAGUUGUCUGUCCACUGCAGGCAACGACAUCGAUCUGACGUUGCUACUCCUCAAGCAUGGGGCAGCCGGUUCUACUGAAGCCCUCACCAGCUCAAUACAAAGUUGCAACAUCCCCGUUCUCCAGGCGCUUCUCGAUGCAGGUGCCAACCCGAACCAGUUCCAAGCACCGCCAGAGGGAUUGCCUGCUAUCGGCUACGGGUGGAUAUCAGCCAAACAGUCUGAACUUCCGCCGGUUUUCUUUGCCGCCAUGCACCGUAAGAUUGUCUCAUACGGGAACACAAAGAGCAACUCCGCCCGUGAGUCUAUGAUCAAAGUUCUACUUGACCAUGGCGCAGACCCUUUCACUACAUUUGUCAAGCGUAGCGAGCCCCAGGACGACGACUAUAUGACCAAAGUUACCGUCCUCCAUCAACUCCUGCGAGAAGGUGGUGCAAGCCGCUUGUUCUUGGACAUGCCUGAUCUUGACCUUGAACACCGGAAUCAAGAAGGAAUGACGUUGCUUCUCGCGGCAUGCAGCAGCAGAACCGACCCAGAUGUCCCUAUUGAGAAUGUGUACGGAGAUUACAGACGAAACAUUAAUGAGGUGAUGGCCAACGACGAGCCAGAGGCUGGAGGUCCUACGAUUAUUGAGAAAUUGCUGGAACGGGGCGCAUCCAUCACGGCACGAGACAACCGACAGAGGAACGCCCUUCAUCUCAUCCUCAAUGUGCCUUCUUUUGUUGGCUACAAAUCUCUGCGUCAGAUUCUCUCAAAGGCACCGGAGUUACUGCAUCAAACUGAUACUGACGGACUGACUCCCUUCCAUUAUGCGCUUCGGCGGACACCACCGGCCCAAUUGUUCGGGCAAUUCGGGGUUGACACAAAAGCCAUUGAGAUUCUGCUUGAAGCUGGGGCUGAUCCGAAACUACCAGAUCCAAACGGUGACUCGGCACUUCAUCAUGUUGGAAAGUUUCUUGCCUGCGAUGGCCGCAUUGAAGGCGAAGUCGACAAGCCACGGCAACUGUUCAAGCAUCUCGUUUCUCUAGGUGUACCAAUCAACUGCCGCAACAACAAGGGCGAGACUCCAGCGUUCGGAGUUCUCAUAUUCCCUCCAGACAAUAGGUUACAUAAUGUAUUAGUUCCUGAAGGAGAGCUCAAAGCACAGGAGACACUCAUGGAGACGAAGGCCGACUUGCGUGCUGAGAACAACGCCGGAGAGACCUUGCUUCAUGUGGUGGCCAGAACAGACCCUCAGACAAAACGAAACCAAAAUAUGGUGACCCCAGUCAUCGAGUGCCGUUUUCGGUGGCUACUUGAUCAAGGCCUUGACCCAACGGCCGAGGACGAAAAGAGUCGUACUUGCUUGGACGUUGCUGCGGCGAAGGAAAAUUCCAAGAUCCUCGCUAUGUUUAAGCGGCCGGGAGAGUGA